UCAAACUUUAUUUUUGUUCUUUAAUUUUAUAUCCUGCAUUUUGUAGAAUAUUAUAAUAAAUAUCAACAAAAAUGUCCUCGUUUGGGCUGUGCACGUAUAAGGAUGAAGUCACUGAACUCAAAGAUGAGUUAAACAAAGCAGAGAACCAGAGGAAUCCAGCAAAAUACAAACAGUUGAUCCAGCAAGUUAUCUUGUACAUGACGAAAGGGAUUGAUAUGACCCCUUUGUUUACAACUAUAGUUAAGUCUGCUGCAACAAAGGAUCUUGUCCAGAAGAAAUUAUGUUAUCUGUACCUGUGUCAUUAUGCUAGCUCACAUGCAGACCUUGCUUUGCUCACUGUGAACACUCUGAAGCGAGAUGCAGAGGAUACUAAUUACAUGGUCAGAGGUCUUGCAAUAAGAAGCAUGGGCUCGUUAAGACUUGCAAGUCUUGUUGAGUACACAAAAGAUGCUAUUCUCAAAAGAGUCAGUGAUCACAGUCCUUAUGUCAGAAAAGCGGCUAUAAUAGGAUGCCUCCAACUUUAUAAGUUAGCGCCCAGCGAAUUCAAAGUUGAUGAUGUCGUAAAACUGUUAAAUGAAAGAUUGACAAAAGAUAAAGAUAUCCAGGUUCGUCGUAACUGCCUUUAUGUAUUGGAGGAAAUGCUUAUACACGAGAAGAGUUCAUCUUCUCUUCACCAUUUCUUAUUGAAGAGACUACAAAGGUUUGAUGAAUGGGCUCUGCAGUUUUUGUUGGACAUCCUGAUGCGUUGUCGUCCAAAAAAGGAUGAAGAUAUCUACAGCACUUUGAACAGUUUGGAUGUUUGUUUGAAGCAUGCCAACACAAGUGUCGUUCUUGGUGCUAUACGAGUGUUCUUGCACUACUCAUCAGUCCUCGCCGAAUUGAGGGAAGACGUGUUUAAUAGGAUCAAAGUGCCAUUACUGACCGCUCUGAUGUCGAAAUCACCAGAAAUUGCGUACUCCGUUGCAUGUCACAUUGAGAUGAUCUUUCUUCAAUCACCCGGCCUGUUUCAAGACAGCGUAUCAUCCUUUUACUGCAGGUAUAAUGAUCCCGUCUAUUUGAAAAUCAAGAAACUUGAUCUGCUGUCAAAAUUGAUCACUGAUUCAAACGGCAAACAGAUCUUGGAUGAACUAAGUUACCAUGCCCAGCACAGUGAAACAACCUCUCACUCGAUCCAUAACAUCGGCAAGAUCGCUCUUCUUCACCCAAUCCAUGCAGACAUGUGCAUCGAAAUAUUGAUUUCGUUUCUUGAAUUACGUGAUGAUUCGAUUGUGUCGCAUUCUCUUGCAGCCCUAAGAGACCUGGUCCUCAAAUACGACAAACAUUCUGAUUUGGUGCCCAACAUUAGCAAGUUCUUGAAGCUUGAUCUCCUGCCAGAUGGCAGGGCUAGUGUUUUCUGGAUGCUGGGGGAAUUUGGUGAGAGUAUUCCAGAUGCCCCGUACGUCAUAGAAGCUCUUAUUGAUGAUAUCGAGAAAGAGAUAUCUCCAGAAGUGAAGCUGGAAUUGUUGACCGCAACCAUGAAAUUAUUCUUUAAACGUCCUCCUGAAUGUCAGGCAAUGCUGGGACAUUUGCUCGAACACUGCAUAGAACAAGAAUAUAACAUGGAUAUUCGCGACCGAGCAUUGCUGUAUUACCGUUUACUGGAAGUCGACGUAAACAAGGCAAAAGAUGUGAUCUGUUGUCCAAGAAGCGCUCAGUUCAUUGACAAUACAAAUAUCGUUAGGAUUGAUUCCAAGGAAUUAUUAAUGAAAGAAUUCAAUACGUUGUCUGUUGUAUAUGGCCAACUAUCGUCAGCGUUUACCGAACAAGAAAAUCUCGGUGGAAGAAAGAACAAGCGAGAUUCCGUGAAAAGCAAAGGGAGAGAAAAUGUUAGUAAUCCUCGGGAAAAUGAGUCGAAGAAGGAUUCAAAGAGUGACAAAGUCCUGGCUGUGGCAGUAGACACCAGUUUAGUUGAAAUAGACGAAGACAUGACUCAGGAAGCAAACAACACCAACUCAUCUCUAGAACUUCUAGAUCCUUUGGAUGAAAACGUUUCCACAUUGGAAGAUAACGUUUCUUCAAUAAAAGAUACUUCGAACCAAUCCUUUGACUUUGUCUCCAAGGAAAAAUCAUUACUACCCGUAGACGACAACUUAACCGCAAGGAAGAGUGCUAUUGAUGAGCUGGAAACCAACGAGGAUUCUCCGAGCGAUGUCCAUGCGGUGAAAGACUCGACCAGUGAUGGUGGUAACUCUGUCAGGGAAUGCGAAACUCCUAUCAGCGAGAGUUCGGUGGAAAUUCAGGAAGACAGACGGAUUUCGUUGGAUGGAAGUCUAGGAAAGAGGGAUGAUGAGGGGGAAGAUGGGACAUCAGAGAAUCGUGAUGUUUCGUCAUUGUUGGAGCUAGUUGAAGAACCUGAUCUAUCACCCGAGAUAUUUGAGACCCUAUGGGGAGAAUUACCUGAAGCGGAGUCCUAUGAGAUCCAGCUUGAUCAACUCCCGGAUCAAGAGAACCUACUAAAAUCACUGACAAACCAUAGAAUAUAUACCAUGGCUUCCUCGCCGCCUGAUGCAGAGCAGAUAAGAUACUUUCUUUACGCUCAGUGUGAUUGCUACAUAAUAUGCGAGGUGUGUUUGGACAGUACGACAUUGGAUAUGAGAUGUGUGAUUAAGAUGGAAGAUCCGACGAACGUUCAUUCCUUCAUCGAAGUCUUACAGAACUGUCUUCAUCUCGGCUCCGUUGAAACCACGUCGUCGUAGAAUAGAGCACGCUCUUGAGCAAUGUGGCGGCAAGGAGUAUCCCCGGAUGCUGCGUCCAGUCCUCACGCGGCUCGAGAACACGUACUGUGGAUCCAGGUCGUCUCCGCCCUUCAGUUUGGUCGCGUCUAAAUCAGUCUUAUGUUUGUCCGUCUUCUUGAAGCCACCGUGACGCACUUCAAUGACAGGAUCCAAUAAGUCCGCAAAGACAUCGUAGGAUUCCUCAUCGCCUGCCACACAACCCACCGUCAUGAUGAACGGAUGACCUGAUCAACAAAAUCAUCGAUCGAUUACCCGUGACUGCCAUUUACUCGAGUUCAGAAUUUUACUCUUCAGAGCAAGACAAUCCUUGGCAUUAUGUUUCUUAAUUUCGAAUCAUGCGCUUAAACAUUGCUUCAGACAUUUUUCCUUGCAUUGAAACUAUGUUCCAGACCAUUGAGUUUUUGUCAAAACAUUUACUUAAAUCGAAAUAUAUUUUCUCACAAACCUGGGUU